CCAUUGCUGCAGAUCCUUCCUCUCUUUGUCCCUUUGGACAUCAAAGGAUUGCAAGGGGACAGCCCUGGCGAGAAGCUCCUCCCUGCUCAUUAGCCUCCAUAAAACAGGAACUCACCUUGGCUAGCUGUGCUUGGAGUCCCAUCCGCUUCUCGGUCACUCUUGACACUGGAACUCAGAUGGAAGGGCUUUUUCUUGCUUCAGGACAUCAGACUGGACUAUUUUGGCUCCCUUAUUGAGAACUCUGGUGGCUCUCUCAGCUGUGUGACUUCCUAGACUCCACAUUUCAUGGAAAAAUGCAAGUUUUACCAGAUAUUAAAGCACCAUGUGAAGCACUUGCUUCCCCCAGCUUGGAGCCCUACCCGCAGAGCUCCAUCACGGUCACCCUGGAGGACAUGGGUCUCUGGAUGAAGUUUCAUCAGAUAGGGACAGAGAUGAUCAUCACCAAAUCCGGCAGACGAAUGUUUCCACAAUGCAAAAUCAAAGUCUCUGGCUUAAUCCCAUAUGCCAAGUACCUCAUGCUGGUGGAUUUUGUGCCUGUGGACAACUUCAGGUACAAGUGGAAUAAAGAUCAGUGGGAAGUUGCUGGAAAAGCAGAGCCCCAGCUCCCUUGUCGCACCUAUGUCCACCCGGAUUCCCCAGCUCCUGGCAGCCACUGGAUGAAGGAACCUGUCUCUUUCCAGAAACUGAAGCUCACCAACAACACUCUGGAUCAACAUGGGCAUAUCAUCCUCCACUCCAUGCACCGUUACAAGCCUCGCUUCCACAUUGUGCAGGCAGAUGACCUCUUCAGUGUUCGCUGGAGCAUCUUUCAAGUCUUCAGCUUCCCUGAGACUGUCUUCACUUCUGUUACAGCCUACCAGAAUGAGCAGAUCACAAAGCUGAAGAUUGACAACAAUCCAUUUGCUAAAGGUUUCCGGGAGCAUGGGAAGAACACUCGAAGGUAAACUGUUUUUUCAUCUCAACUUAUGUAUAACGUGAGUAUAUUUGAAUUAUAUCCAAGUCCAUUGAACAAAAUAGAGCAGAUAGCUCUGCAGAGCAUUUUGCUUUGCAAAUUGCAUUUAUUUGUAUAUGGGAGUGAUGCUGUGUAGCAGCCUCCCCAGAGACUUGGGGAAUGGGAGGAAACAGAGAAUUUCUUACAGAAAUAUGAGAGAUGUGACAGAUUUAAGACCUGCAUUCCAUUGCAAAUUGGGUCUCACUGCAAUCUGAUACAUUAAUAGCAGUGAUAAAGAGAGUCCACAGUAGAUCCUUCUGUCCCUGUGAGAUCAGCUUAACUCUGACGUUGGAAGGCUCUCACAUCUCCUUUCCUCUUGUGUGGAAAGGUGUCUCUACCAACAGGAAAUUUUGUCUGUGAGAUGGAGGUUGGAUGCCAGUACCCUUGAGAUGAUCUGUCUGCUCCGAGGUUAGCCACUAAUUAAGGCUGAAAGAAAUAACCCUGAAAGAAACCCUAGACUGGUAAUAGAGAGUUUUCCAACCAGAAAAUGGUAUAAAAAUAUCUGAGAUUUUGUUUUGCGUGCCUGAAAAGAAAAUCUUAUUUCCUGAUGAAAAAGCCAAAGGUGUUUCUUUUUGAAAAUGUCAGGGAUGUUCUUUCUCCUCUUAACAGGACUGUUUCGGAGUAAGCUUAGAGUUAUUGUCCACUUUGGAAAAAGACUGCUUUCAAGCAAAAUGCCCACCAUAGAUAUGCCUGUAUGUACAAAAUGUGCAUCCAGCUUUCGAGUACGCUUACAAACUGUGCUGAAAGCUCCAGUGCUGAGGUUUCCAUGCUAUUUUUGACUUUUGUACAAGCAAGAAAGGGGCAGCAACCCCCUUACCAACUUAUCCUCAGUAGUCUGUGGGGUGAGGGCUCUCCUGGAAGCACAUACAGCAUUGGUUACCUCCAUGAUUCCACUCUGGCACACAUUCCCUGUGGACCUGUCGUGUUGUUUUGCAAGGGGAUAUAACAUGCAGAACAUCAGAGCUGUUCAUCCCACCUUUUGUCUUCCCAGGCCUUUGUCCUGCAUCCCUUGCAUACUUAUCUAGAUAGAAAGCUAACUUACGACCUAGUCCUGUGCACUGUUCAAAGAUGACUUCAGGCGACUGGGGCGGGUAGUUGAAGGAACA